GUCACCCCGUGUUUCAGCACCACUGCGCUGUCCAGCCUCUCGCGACUCUCUUCCUCACCGGACAGAAUAACUUUCCCCUCAAUCGAUUCUUCACUGCAAACCUAACAGCGCGUUCUGCUGAGAGUGUGAAGCGCAGCAGUAGUGCAGGAAGGAGCUGGCUAUGCUGUUUCUCUUGGCUUGAUUUUUUUGGGGGGGUAGCGUUUUGCUGCGGCGCUGUCCGUGACAUUGCGGUUGGAAGAGCCGCCGGUGGACCGCGAAGAUGGCGGAGAACACUGUCAACACCGCUGUCAGUACAACGACAGGUGAGCGACUUGCGCAAGCCAGUCACUAAAGUAAUGACAUCACCUUUAACUCCGGAAAAGAGACCGCAAAUCAAUAGCCAUGGAUCACCAACUUACCAGAAAACCAACCAAGGCAGCCCUUCUCCAAAACACACUGAUGCUCUGACCCCACCCACUGUCACCGAAAAGAAAACUCAAACCAACGGGCACGCUUCACCUUCACGCCAUCCACCCAAUACCAACGCACUUGCAGGUAAACAAUAUAUGGAAGGCUAUUUGAAGACAGAUGAUAGAAUGCGACUUGCCAAGGAGAGACGUGAAGAGAGAGAGAAGAGUUUGGCUGCACGGGAGCAAGCUAUAAAGGAGAAGGAAAGGCGGGCUCAGCUGCAGUAUGAGAAGACGGUGGAAGAGCGAUGGAAGCGGCUGGAGGAGCAAAGACAGAAGGAGGAGCUUCGCAGAGCAGCUGUGGAGGAGAAGAGAAGACAGCAGCUAGAGGAGGAGAAGGAGCGUCUGGAAACUCUAAUGAGGAAAUCACUGGAGCGCAGCUUGCACCUGGAGAACAGGAAUAAACGCUGGGCAUGGGGUCCCAACGGCACCACUCAAGGUGACUGGGAGAAUGCCCCGCCUCCUCUCUCUGCUGCCUCCGCCCUCUCCCAUGAUCUCGCUGCCCCCUCUCCUGCUGCAAUCGAAUCAGGCAACGCGCUCUCCAGUCCUCACAGGUUACCAUACAGAGGCUCACCGAGUCGAAGAAGAAACAACCCUGUGCCAACAGAAGAGUCCAGUAGAGCUCUCAGUGCCCCCAACACACCCAAGAAGGAGAGAUUGCGUAGAGAGAGGAGGACUGGUUCUCCGGCCACAGGUUCUCCGGUUAGGCGAGCUAAAUCUCCUGCUGAUGUUACCCGGCGCUCUGCCUCACCUGCCACACCUAAGUUAUUGCCAAAGAGUCGUACUCAGUCGCCCUGUACAGUGCGGCAGUAUCCACCCUCCCCUAUGAAACACAGACCUGCUACACCGGUGAGUGACAGCAACAGGAAGACAGAAGACAAGCAAGCUGAGGACAUCAGAAGCCAGGAUCCUAAGGAGGGCAGGUCUCUCAAGGCUGAGAUCAAUCCUAACAGGAGCCCUAACAGUGAAAGUCCGGAUAAGGAACCAAAAAUGGAGACAAGUGUUUCCAGCACAACACCUCCAGAAAGAAGAACAAUAAAGAUAGAAAAUCACAUUACUGGGUCAAAGGAGAAGAAAAGUGCAGUUUUAGAAAACCAACAGAAGGGGAAUGAAAAGGUGGAGACCCCUGAGAAAAAAAAUCCUAAAUCAAACUGUAAUGAUGUGACUGCAGAGCCUUCACCUCUGAACUCUCCUGGCAAGGUGGUUCCUGGAACGACAGACGCUGAGGAGGCGUCUCGUCUGCUUGCAGAACGCAGACGUCUGGCCAGAGUUCUGAAGGAACAGGAGGAGAAACAACGCAGGGAAUUGGAGGAGCAGGAAAAAAUAAAGAGUGAGCAGAUUAAGAAGAGGCAGCUGGAGGAAAGAGCUCGACAAGAAGAGAAAGCUCGUCAAGCUAAUGAGGAGAAAUGUAGACAAGAGCAAGAACGGAAGAAGAGAGAGCAAGAAGAGAAAAAACAGAAGGAGAAGGAGCUUCAGGCUCAGAUGGAGAAAGAGAAAGUGGAGGCAGAGAUUCAUGCUCAAAAGGAUGCUGAGCGUCAGCGGCAGGAGAGAGAGCUUUUCAAACAGCAGGAGGAACAGGAAAGACAACAACGAAAAAAGAGAAUUGACGAAAUAAUGAAGAGAACCAGGAAGAGUGAUGGUGAGAUGAAGAGAGAGGACAGCCCAGAGCCCUUGUCUCCUGUCUCCCACCCCAUCUCUCCUCCAGGUCGUAACCAUUUGAUCUCAAAUUCUGAAGUCAAAUCUCAGGCCAGCUCCAUUCAGACAACAUCUGUGCACGGCCAGACCGACAAACAGGAGAGUUCAGGGAAACGACCAGAGAAUGGAUGUGCGAAUGAACAGAUGAACUCACCUGCUCACAUGCCAUCAAAAAAUCCAUCCUUAAACGCCCAUGCGAACAUGAACUCUACUGCGGUUAAAACACAAGAGAAAGAAAAGGUAAGUGAAGAGAAUGCCAAGACUAUUAGACAAGAGAGCAAAGAGGUAAAGACCCAAAGUUUACAAAUGAAGGAGAAGAUAAAGCGAGAAGACGCAUCAGCAGCAAAGGUGCAGGUAACCCCACUGAAGAGCUCGCCUGAAAACACAGUAGCAAAUAUUAAGAGUAUUGUGAUGACAGAUAGUAAAUCCCAAGUGAAAGCGCCUGCAAAUACUCCCACUCACAACAACCUGACCAAUGGAAAAAGCCAAACUAUCACUCAGGUGGUCAAACAGGAGGCCAAUAUCCAAGUGAAAACACCCGAUUCUGUACAAAUGAAUGGACAGACCACAGCUCAGGGACCCAUGAAGGAAAUCACUGUGAAAAAGUCUGACAUCCCUCAUGCUAAUGGACAGGGGAGCUCAACGGUAACUGUCCCGCAAGCAAAUACUGUCCCUCAGGCUGGUGGACAUAUGAUAACACAGAAACCAAAGGAGGGAGGGAACCACGAGCCGCCCUCUUCCUUGACCCCGUUGUCAGAGUCAAAAGCCCCUCUGCCUCUUAUUCGUCUGGAGGGGAAGAGCGGAGCGGCAGAUGAAGUGCAGUACAUGGAAGUUAGCCCCGUUUCAAAGGAGGAACUCAUUUCCAUCCCAGAAUUCUCGCCAGUGAACUCUCCUCAGCAGAACGGAAUGAGUAACAUGCGUGCUCUAGAGGACCUGUUGGAUCUGACCGGACAAGUGGCUUAUCCCAGACUCUCUCCUGCUGCCAGCCUGGGCGACUGCAACAAGAAUCUAAUAGAAGGGAUCUGUAGCCCUGGAGCCGACUCGAAACUCAUUCCCACCAAACCUCCAGCCUCCGACAAACACCACGUACAAUAAUGGUAAUGUGACAGACCACAUUUGUGAAGCUGACUGCAGUGGGAUAACUGCUCAUCUCUUUUAACAGAAAAGAAAAGAAAGUGGAAAUAAAGGAAGAAAAUACUCCUGGGCAUAAGCGCAAAAUUUGUCUGUCUGGUUUCAGUGUUGCCCUAAUUAAAAAUGAUGUCCUUCUGCCUUUAAUCUUUACAGCACAAAAACCAAGUGUAUUGAAGCUGUGGUUCAGUGUUAUGGACAGACUAUAACUCAAGUGUAUAGUGUUCACCAAACGUGUGUGUUGUGUGUAUGUUUAUAUACGUACAGAUGUGGAUGGCUAAAAUUGCUGGGAAGAGGGUUUGGACAUAAUACUUUGAAGGUAUCUUAUAGCAGGGUUCAACAUUUUCCAAUGAUAUCGUAUUGGAUAGAGACAGAACACUGAUUGGUUGCACUCAUAUUUUAGGAAGCAUAACUGUAUGAAGUAAUACAUAGUGUGAAAUAUUAACUCUUUGUAGUUAGAAUACAUGAUAAAAGAUUUCUUUGCCAGUUGACCUGCUCUCUCAGUAUUAUGAACUGUUUUGUUGAGAAAUUGCUGUGUAUUUUAAUCGCAACUAACAUCUGCAUUGCAUCACACUGUAUUAAACCCCUAGUUUGCUAUGAAAUGCUUGUACCACAGGACAUUAGCACAUUAGAGAAAUAUGAACAUCAGUGAAUACAGCAUGUUAUUAUAAAAAUAAUUAAUGGCAGUAAGCCCAUUUUAAAGCCCUAGUUUACCAGUAAUUAGUCCCAUAUUCUUCCUCUGGUGUCAUCACUGUGCUUAACAAUGUAGUUUCAGUCUCAGAAGUUCUUUUGACAAAUGUUAACCAGUUAUGUUGGAGUCCUGACUUUAUUCCUUAACACUGAAGAAGAAAAGUGUUGUGGUCCAAACCAAAAACCCAUUGAUAUGCGUUUACUUACCUGAACACUUCAUUAGUCUAUGGGUGUUGCAGGUAUACAUAUGUUUGGAGUGGGUGGGUAUGAGAGUUGACAGCUUUGUUGUUUAAUUGUUAUAUAUAGUGUGGAUGCACAAAAAAAAGCUUACUUGAAAAACUGUUUAAUUAGCCUGCAGGGAACUUCUAAACUUCUCCAAGUGUCUCAGCUUCAAUCUCUAAAUACAGUACAACAGUGACUUCAAGUUGUGAUUACUGUAGAUGAUGUGCAUGGUGGCAUGAGCAUCAAGCCAUAAUUAUAUGCCUAGAAAUAAACCAAUAAACUGUCUUUACCAGUU